AUGGUAAUGGGUAUGUCUUGGUAUAGAGAACUACAAGGAACUACUUCUCCUGAAGUGAAAGCUAGAGCAAAGGCAAAAGGUUCUAAAAAAGGAAAUGGUGGAAAGAAGAAGCACCAAAGUUCGAGAAAUCGAAAAGAAAAAAAGAAACCUCAGAGUGGAGAUGCUAGGAAAUUGAAGAAUGUGAAUGAAAUCAAUGAUGUUGCAGCUCUCAGCUGGACAUCGGAGGAGGAAAAUGACAAUGAGUCUCAUGCCUCGGUGGAUUUUGCGGCGUCAAAUAUGGAUAGAGCGAAUUUUGAAGCAGCUAGGGAGCAUGUAGCAAGCUGGGUAGCAUCGGUACGUACUCCUUUACGUCAGUCUGUUCCUCAACUGGUAAAUCCAUCACCGCAUACAAUGCAACAGUUACAGAGUAAUCCAGGUAAUACGAACUGGAGAGCCUCUUUGUUUGAGAGUAUUCAGGAGGAAGGGAUUGAUUUAAGUAAUGCUGGUAAUGUGAAUAAUGAUGGUGAACAUAAUGUGAGGGUAGAGGAUGUAAAAAGAUUUGCUCCUAUUGCUGAUACUCAUAAUGUUACUCAAAAUGUUAUCAAAAUUACAGAUGAUGAUGUGAAAUCGGAGAUUGAUUUCUGGAAUAGUGCUGUUGUAUGUUAUGUUUUGGGAAUUAAACCUCCACACAGGAUCAUUGAUGGAUUCAUUCGUCAUGUAUGGGGUAAGUUUGGAGUGGAGAGGGUUGUCAUGAAGUUGAAUGGAGUAUUAUUCAUAGUCCGAUUUAGAACACUAGAGGGGAAGCAGACGGCUAUGGAUGCUGGUCCGAUUCUAUAUGACAAAAAAUCGGUCAUUAUUAAGAAUUGGACACCAGAAUUGGAUUUAUCAAAGGAAAUGGUUCCUGUGGUUCCUACCUGGGUACAAAUUCCAGGGUUGAACUUGAAGUAUUGGGGCCCUAGAGCGCUGAACAAGAUAGUUGGAGCAAUAGGGAAACCAAUCAGAACUGAUAGAGCAACAGCACAGAAAGAUUCAAUUGAAUUUGCGAGAGUUCUUGUUGAAGUAAGGAUUGAUCAGGAAUUUCCCAGUGAACUAAGGUUUGAAAAUGAGAAUGGAGUGGAAUUUAUUCAAGGAGUGAAAUAUGAGUGUAAACCAAUCUUCUGCAAAGAUUGUGGAGGUAUAGGGCAUACAAUGGAGGAAUGUAGGGCAAAGAAGCAAGAAAUUCAGGUGAGAAUGAGUAGGCCAAAGCAGGUUUGGGUGAGAAAGCCAGGGGGAUUAGUUGCUGGAACUAAUCAACAGACAACUCAUUCUGUAGCCAAACAGUCUAAGGGUCUGUUUGGGUUCUUGGAAAGAAGGGUGAAGGCUGUAAAUUUUGAUAAAGUCUUCCCUAAAAUAUGUAAGGAUUGGAGUAUAGUCACUAAUUAUAGCUACCACCCAGGUGGCAGAAUAUGGCUAGCUUGGAUUCCAAGUUUGUUUGUGGUAGAUAUCAGAAGUCAAGGGGAUCAGUUUGUGCAUUGUGAAGUGUUGCAUAGAGCUUCAGGGAGAUUUUUUUGGCUGACUAUUGUUUAUGGGUUAAAUGAUAGAGCUGAGAGAAAGAGGUUAUGGAGCAAGUUAUGCCAGUUAGGAAGUAAUAUGCAGGGAGCCUGGAUUGUGAUGGGAGAUUAUAAUAAUGUGUUGAAUUUGGAGGAUAGGUUUGGUUCUGCAGUAACUCUUGAUGAAGUAGGAGAAUUUAGACAGUGUGUGAGGGAUUGUAAGAUCAUGGAAUUUCAGAUGUCAGGCCCUUUUUUUACUUGGUCUAACAAGCAGGAGGGUGAUCAUAGAGUGUUCUCAAAGAUUGACAGAGUGUUUGUCAAUGAUGUAUGGAUGGACACUUUUGUUAAUUGCUGUGCUGAAUUUUUGCUUGAAGGGAUUUUUGACCACUGCCCUUGUGUGAUUAAAUUGGUGAAGCCUGUGGUGACUAAACCUAAAUCCUUUAGGUUCUAUAAUAUGUGGAUGGAUGCUCCAGAGUUUAUGUCUAAGGUGAAAGAAGUAUGGAGAAGUAAUGUGGAUGGUGUAGCAAUGUUCAAGGUUGUGGCUAAGCUAAAACAACUGAAGCCUGUGCUUAAAACAUUGAAUAAGAAUAAAUUCUCAGACAUUGAGAAUGAAACUGCUGCAGCCUUAGUUAAACUUAUGGAGGUGCAACAGAGAAUUCAGCAAGAUCCUAGGAACAGUGAGUUACAUAAAGAAGAGGAGGAGAAUAGGAAGAAGUAUGAGUUCUUAAAUAAGGCUAAAAUGAGUUUUUUGCAGCAAAAGGUGAAGAGUGAAUGGCUUAAGGGAGGUGAUGAUAACACAGCUUAUUUUCAUGCCUGUUUGAGGAAGAGAAGGCUGCAAAACCAUAUUAGCAGAAUUCAAGAUAGUCAAGGAGAGGAUGUGAAGAGAGCAUUGUUUGAUAUUGAGGAUAACAAAGCAGCUGGUCCUGAUGGGUUCUCAAGUGGUUUUUUUAAGAAGACAUGGGAGUUUACUGGUCCAGACAUCAUCAAGGCAGUAUUGGACUUCUUUUCCACAGGAAAACUCCUUAAACAGGUGAAUGCUACAAAUUUGUGUCUUAUCCCUAAGUGUGAACAAGCUGAUGAUGUCACUAAGUAUAGACCAAUUGCUUGCUGCAAUGUGCUCUAUAAAAUUAUUUCUAAAAUGUUGUGUCAGAGAUUAAAAUUAGUUCUUCCACACAUCAUUAAUCUUGUGCAAAGUGCUUUUGUGGAGAGUCGAGUUAUAAUGCAUAAUAUAUUCCUAUGUCAAGACUUAAUGAAACAGUAUAUGAGAAAGAAUGGUCCUGCAAUGUGUACUAUUAAGGUUGAUCUUAGGAAAGCAUAUGACUCACUGAAUUGGGAUUUCAUUAAAGAUCUGUUGGUGGCUAUGAAGUUCCCUGAGCAAUUUGUUCACUGGGUGAUGGUGUGCAUUACAACUCCCUGCUUUUCCUUGAGCUUUAAUGGGGUAAUGUGUGGUUUUUUUAAAGGAAAGAAGGGUUUACGUCAAGGAGAUCCAAUAUCCCCAUUACUAUUUGUAAUAGCAAUGGAAUACUUGUCUAGAUUACUGAAAAGGAUGAGUAGGAAGGAUGGUUUUGAGUAUCAUAAUAGAUGUGCCCUUCUUCAACUCACUCACUUAGUUUUUGCUGAUGAUCUGAUGAUGUUUUGUAAAGGUCAUGUUAGCUCUGUAAUGUUAUUGAUGAGAGAUAUGAAAGCCUUUCAAGAUGCUUAUGGCUUGACUGCAAGCAAAGAAAAAAUGGCAGUGUAA